CUCGGGAAAGUAGUGAAUGCAAGGAAUCGAUCACGCGUUGACGUCGUGUAUGCCGGGAGGGGUGAAUCAGACAACACGUAUUUCCCGAGGACAGACGUGUAUUGUAUGGAUACGAUGAUACUGUGACCCAACCGGAGACAUGAGGAUAUCCCCCUCCUUGGUGCGCGUGGUGUGGCUACUUCUGGCACUAUGGACUGAGGUGUGCCAGUGUUCGGGCUACCUGGAGCUGCAGCUGGUGGGCGUGGAGAACGCAAAGGGCGAGCUGGCCAGCGGAGAGUGCUGCGUGGGCUCGCGAGGCCAGUCGGAUGACCACUGCGGUCUCGGGGAUUGCGAGACCUAUUUCCGAGCGUGCCUGAAGGAAUAUCAGGCGGAGAUCAGUGCCACCGGCCCGUGCACCUACGGCUCCGCGUCUACGCAAGUCAUCGGUGGAAAGAGGAGCGCGACAAACCUGAACAGCAUCAGCGAUGCAGGGACUCUUCAUAUUCCCUUCGAGUUCGCCUGGCCGCGGGCAUUUACUCUGACUCUGGAGGCGUGGCAUUGGGAUAACCACACCCUGAGAGCCAGUGAGGAACUCCUUAUCCAGCGUCUGACCUACAAGGCAGCGAUGGAUCCAGGUGAAGAGCUUCAGGUGUUGCAUCUCCAUGGCGACACGGCGAGUGUGGAGCUUAACCUAUCCGUGCGCUGCCACAAGCAUUACUAUGGCAACAAGUGCAACAAACAGUGUCGCCCGCGCGAUGACUACUUUGGUCAUUACGGGUGUGAUGCCAACGGCAACCGGGAGUGUGUGGAGGGCUGGACAGGACAGGACUGCACAACAGCUGUUUGUAAGCCAGGUUGCAACCCACCAAAAGGAAGAUGUGAUGUGCCUGGGGAAUGCAAGUGUAAGGUUGGUUGGCAGGGCCCUCUGUGUGAGGAGUGUGUGCCGUACCCCGGCUGUAAAUACGGCACCUGUGUGGAGCCAUGGCAGUGCCGCUGCAAUAAGGACUGGGGAGGGAUGCUCUGUGACAGAGACCUGAACUACUGCGGUAGCCACCAGCCCUGCAGGAAUGGGGGCAUCUGUAGGAACCCUGUCCCUGGAGAGUACAGCUGCCAAUGCCCCCAGGGGUACUCAGGACGCAACUGUGAGAACGAUAGCCGGAACUUCCAGGGACGGUGUCAGAAUGGAGGAACAUGCCAGGAGGGUCUGGCGGGGCGUGUGUGUGUGUGUGUAGUGGGUUUUGGGGGUCAGUACUGUGAGCAGUCGGAGAGUGUGUGUGACAGCGAGCCGUGUAUGAAUGGGGGGAGAUGCCACCACACACCCAGCGGCUACUCCUGCCAGUGCCCACCUGGCUACAGUGGACACACCUGCCAGGUGCAGGCGGAUGUGUGUGUUCCCAGCCCGUGUCUGAAUGGGGGUGUGUGUCACCGUCUCCAUGGAGACUUCUACUGCACGUGCCCACUAGGGUACGAGGGAAAAACCUGCAGCAGCCUCCAGGUGAUUGACAGUUGCACAAUCGCUGUGACAACCAACUCCACGGAGGGGGUGUGGCAAAUUUCAUCCAAUGUGUGUGGAUCUCAUGGUCACUGCAUCAGCCAAUCAAGAGGGAACUUCACCUGCGCCUGCCAGCCUGGGUUUACAGGGAAAUACUGCCAUGAGAUGAUAAACAGCUCAUGUGAUUCCGCUCCUUGUCUAAAUGGAGGCACUUGUGUUGGGGGCGGGGCUUAUACCUGCAUCUGCAAGGAAGGGUGGGAGGGGCCCACCUGUGCUCAAAAUGUCAAUGACUGCAUUUCGCAUCCUUGUUACAACGGAGGUGUGUGUGUUGAUGGGGAGAGCUGGUUCCGCUGUGAGUGUGCCCCGGGAUUUGCCGGACCUGACUGCCGCAUCAGUGUGGACGUGGGCAGUGUGUGUGUGCUAGCAGAUGGGACAGUUUCUCAUGGAUUUCACUGGGACCAGGAGUGUAACGUCUGUCAAUGUGUCAACGGAGAUGUACGCUGCACACAGGUGUAUUGUGGGCCACGGCCGUGCCUGCUGGAGGGCUUUGCUGCCGUGCCACAGCGCCCCCUGUGUGCUGGAGGUCAGCGGUGCGUCCCCCACGCCUCCCUGUCCUGCCUACGCCCGCCCUGCCAUCAGUGGGGCAUCUGCCUGCCCCCGCGCCCCCCCGCACCCCCACACACGCCCUGCCAACCAAACAGCCCUCACCAAGACCACGGCUGCGCCCGAGUCACGUUGGUGCUCGACAGAGGAGCGUUGCCACAGGGUUCAACAGUGGAGGGAGUAUGUUCUGAGCUCCGGUACCUGCCAAUCAUGCGAAGCCUGGCCCAAAACCACACCCUCCUCAUUCUGUGUGACCAGUCACAUUCACACAUCAGUGCUGUGGAGGUUGCCAUGUCCUAUGUGCGCCAUGAGCAUCCCAAGAUACAGGAAGUGAUGCGGACGGUCAUCGCCGCUCUGUCAAAACGUUACAACAGCACCCUGCUACUUGCCAUACGAGAGGUCAACAUCCAAACGCCAGUGCUAUCACCAUCAAGAGAAGUUCUCCGUGGGGUCAUUCCUUUUGCUCCCGAGUGGAUAGCAGAACUUGGAACUGUCCGCUCGGCCUGUGGCCACGGACACCGCAAAGCGCCCUGCCCUGUGUUCUAA